CGGCGCCGUCGACGUCACGGCUUUCUAGCAUGUUCUGACGGCAACCGGAUAAAGACUGGAGGAGAGCGGCUCGCGGGACGCUUUGGGGAAGAGUAGUCUCCGCGGGCAGGGUUUGUAACCUGUGGCCUUGCUUAUUAUAUCGCAUUUUUAACGCUUCCCCCCCCACCCCAAAAAAAACACACCAGACGUUCAUUCUUAUUUCCCCCAGAAUCUGGCUGAAAUACCAUCCGCCGGUCUUCUCCCAGCCGCGGUGUUCCGAGUCCUUGCCGCCGCCGGGUUAAUUCAUUUGUCUCGUUUGCCACCUUUUCCCCAGCCGCUCCGACUUGUCACUAUGGCCAAGUGGGGACAGGGCGACCCGCGUUGGAUCGUGGAGGAGCGGGCCGAUGCUACUAAUGUCAAUAAUUGGCAUUGGACAGAAAGAGAUGCCUCGAAUUGGUCCAUAGAUAAGCUUAAGUCACUGUUGCUGGCAGUCAGUGUAGGAAAUGAUGAGGGAGUAUGUAAAGUGACAGAGGUGACCAAGAUGGAUGGUGAAGCUUCAAUUAACAACAGAAAAGGAAAACUGAUUUUCUUCUUUGAGUGGAACAUCCACAUGUCAUGGAUAGGAACUUCAAAAACUGGAAUUAAAUAUAAAGGAACUGUGGAGAUACCAAACCUCUCAGAUGAAAAUGAUAUUGAUGAUGUAGAUGUUACUGUUGGGCUUGCAAAAGAUGAGCCUGACACAAUACUAUUGGCCUUAAUGAAAAGCGAAGGCGUGAAGAAGAUCAGGGAAGCUCUCCUCAAUUACAUUGAUACACUGAAAUUAGAAUUUACUCAGGGAAUGAUCUUGCCAACGGUUAAUGGAGUUCAAAAAGAACCAUCAAAAUCGAAGCCCAAGGUUGAUCAUCAGACAAAGGUUGCUGUGGGGCACUUACCCAGUCAGCUUACAUCAGUUGGGGUCAAGAUUCCAACCUGUAAGUUUAACUUAAAGGACUACUUUAUGACAUCACCAGAAGAAUUAUACAGAAUCUUCAUUACACAAGAGCUUAUUCAGGCUUUCACACAUGCACCAGCAGUUGUUGAGGCUACAAAAGGAGGGAAGUUUCGACUUCUAGAUGGGAAUGUCAGUGGGGAAUUCUUGGAACUGGUUUCCGAGCAACGGAUUAUUAUGAAAUGGAGGUACAAGUCAUGGCCAACUGAACAUUAUGCAACUAUAAAACUAAGUUUCUGCAGCAAGGAUGAUGGAACAGAACUUCAAGUGGAGUGCAAAGGUGUCCCAGUGGGGGAGGAAGAGCAGACGAAAUCAGGGUGGCAGCGUUACUACUUUGAAGGCAUUAAGCAGACUUUUGGAUACAAUGUACGAUUGUUUUAAAGGGAUGAUCUAUCUGAAAACACCUAGCUAACUUAUGAAUACCGAAAAGCUUUAGACCUUUGUUCAUUUCACUGUUCUGUUCAUUCUGUUAGUUAAGCUAACCUGCAACUAUGACAGUGGAUAUUUUCAAAAGAAUGUCCUUUUUUUAUUCCAGCAGCCAAAAAUCUCCAUUCAGUUAAGUACAGCCUUAGAAUGGGAAAGAAUGAGAGUCAAUUGUGUCAAUUGUGAAAUUGAGAUCUGAGAAUUUUCCACUAUAUUGUAGAGAUGUGUAAAAGACUAGAUCUCAUCACCAGUAGUGAUUGCAACAUACUUUCAGUUUUCAUGUUUGUGUGGAUUGAGUACAUGAAGAGCAAAUGAGAGAUUAAAGAAGUUUCUUGCCUUCCCUUAAGUUUUACUUCUGCUUUCUGCCCCUCCCUUUCCCCCUCCCCUCCUCCUGUCUUCCCCCACCUCUCCCACCCACCACCACACUAACUCACCUACAAACCAUAAAUCUCUCAUUCCCUUUUACUCCAUGUGCAGUAUUUGCCUUCAUCUGUGGUAUUUGCCUACUCCCAAAAUCUGAAAAGGGCACCUUUACCUUUUUGCAGCUAUUCAAGAAAAGCAGAUCUCAAACCAACCAUCUGUUUGCAUCUGAUGCUUGUUCACUGAUAAACUCAGUAUAGCAAUGUGACAGUGACAGGAUCAAAUAAAAGCUAGGAGUGGAAGAAAAACUUUACUGAUGGUUUGUUUUUGUCAAAUGUAAUUAUUUUAAAUGACUGGUGGAUUAGGUGCUUUACGUAUGUUCUAAUGUAAUUGCUGUGUCUAGCAAAAACUUUUCAGUUGGGUUUCAGUUAUGAGUUCAUUGAAUUGGACCACUUACAAACUUUAAAUCAUAUGAAAGUCCAUCAAAGCAACUAUUUGCAAAACUGUGAAACUUGUUUUGUUUUCAUUCCAUAACAGGCAAUACUGCAUCUUUCAAAAGAACUGCAAGGGAGUAAAUAUUCAGAUUUCCUAAUUUAACACUUUUUUUUUCCCUCAAAAGUCAGCUUGAAAUUAAAAAAAACUAAUGAGCACAUAGAAUAGGUAGUCUUGAUACUGGCAUUGGAAAUGCUAGAGCAGAGCAUUGUGCAUGUUUUUUUUUAAAUUUGCCUUUCAAAUUAGAAUUAUGCAGUUUGCUGAAAGUAUGAGCUAAUAAUGACAGGCUGAAGGAAGUACAGCAUUUGAAAAUCUCCAGAGUACUGAGGUUCAAUAUUUGAAAAAAAAAACAAACCACUGAAAAUAAAUCUGAGUUAAGUAGGAACAUAAAGCAAGAGGAAUUGAGUUAGAGUGGAGGUAGGUGUGAGUGGAAAAGAGAAAACUUAAGUGAAACUCUGGAAAGAAUUGCAUUUUAAAAUCAACUAGCAAUGUCCUAGGGAAAUUUGAUUUCACUGUUAAAUUGGAUCGUGAAGAAAGAACUAGGUGCUACAAAUAUAAGGUACUCAACAAUGAAAUUCAGAAAAUUUGAGAUAAAUCUGUGGCAUUUGAAGCAAGUAGCAUCAAUUCAUUUUAAGGAAAUCUAGGUAAAUAUUAGAAAGGAAUAGAAAAGUCUGGUAAUACACAGCAGGUCUGACAGCGCAUGUGGAGAGAAAACAAAAGUUUAGAAUCAACUGGGGGAAGAAAAGUUGGAUAUGUAAUAGUUUUAAUCAAGUAGAGGAUGAGUAGCAGGUGAGCUAGAGUAACAAUUGCCUAUGGGAGGUGGUUGGGAGAGAUUAAGUGACAGCAGGGGUUAUAGUGCAAAGUAAUUGCACACUUGACAGUUUUCUGCACUUGGAAUUUGAGUUCAGCAAUUUCAGAUCAUCUACAUGUUUUAGUUUUUAAUGGCAGUUAGUAAUAAUAUUGUCUGUUCCCUCUCUCAUCAGAUUUUUCUAGUAUGGAGGGUAAAAGGUAACUCCCUUUUUAUUUGUCUUGCCAAAAUUAUUCCUUUUUGUCAUUUCAUCUUGAUUUCCACAGCAACUUUUUUGAAAAAAAGAUUGCAGGUGAACAGCCAUUUUAUUCCAGCUGACAGCAGACUGGGGCAAAUUAUCCAGGAGUUGAUUGCAAUUCAAAACAAACAAGAUAUCUCCUCCUCUCCACAAAUUGCUGACUAUGUUGUGUGCCUUUCAACUCUGUGAGAAAGGUUUAUUCAGAUUGAUUGGAUCAAACUACAAGAUUUAAUUCGGGUGACUUAUGCAUUGUGCUUUUUGUGGAACUAAAGUUUUUUUAAGCCUGCUCUCGAGUUGGCAACAGUGGAUUGGUAGAUAUUUGAUUAACAUACUGAAUUGUCUGAACAGUAGGUGUAGGUUGGUUGUCCAUUCCCAUGUACAUAUGACACUGUGACAACUAACUUUAUUAAAUACAAUUUCUACUUAA